AUGGCGUCUUCAUCCCAAAGACAGAAGAAGAGAAAUGCUCAAAUGAAGCGGAAAAAGUAUGACCAUAAGCAUCAAGCAUCUGGGGGAUCAAGUCAUAGCAAGAGUGAAGUAGCCUUUGAAGAUGAGACUGAGUCAAAAGAUAUUGAAAGAAUUGUUAUUUCUCAACCAAAACAGAAAGAACCAAAAGAACUUGAGCCUCAGCCUGUUGCAGUACAAGAUUUGUAUGAUAUGCCUACUGAAAGCAGUGAUGUAGCUAUGGAGGAAUUGGAAGGACGAUUAUCUCAAUUACUGUCUUCACGUCUUCCAUCACACCAAUCUCUCCCUGUCAUGCAAGAAGAAGACACAUCAGACUCACAAAGCCAGACGGAGAGCUAUGCACCCUCAAUUAAUCUCUCAGGUCUUGUAUCAUGCCUGGCAUCACUACCUCUACACAGAAAACUUUUCAUUCCAAAAGAGCUAGUGGAGCUUUACGAAAAAGGAAGACCAAAUCAUGAGAAUGAAAUAAUGUCACCUGCUCCUUCUACUCAUCCUCCAGCUCACUCUCAUCCAAAUCAACCAGAAAUCAUCAAACUAAACAAGCAACCAUCAUCACUCCCUGCUUCUAGUGGGAUACCAGAGGAGAGAUCAGUACUGGAUACUGAACUAAAUGAUUUACUGCAAAGAGACACAGGCUCAUUGCUAACAAAAGAAUCGGCAAAGGAUAAAAUUGCAGUAAAAGAGAAGAAUGUAACAGUACACCAAAAUACUGAACUAGACACUGCACUUGAUGAACUAUUGGAUAUGUAACAGAAAAAAUGCAACCGCUCUGUAGUCUGUACCAAUUUUUUUAAAAGUAUGCUUGUUUAGAAUAAACCUGAUGGAUGGUUUGAGUUAUCAUUUUCCCCCCAAUCUUUUAAA